AUGACCGCCCUCACCACGUCGAAGCGGAAAUUCAACAAAAUCCUAGAGAACAUCAGCGCCAGCUCUUCCACAACCAGUCUGGCCUCUCUUUCGAAGAAGAAUGCUUCAGUCAUGUCCGUUGCCGCAGUCCAGAACGAGCCUCCCUCGAAGCGCAACCGCAAGUCCCUGAGUGGCGACUCUCUCACCUCCGUCGAGGGUGACCGCCCCGAAACCGCUGCAAGCGCAUCCUCUCAAUUCAACCCGUCGGCAAGCAGUCUGUCUUUGGCACAACGCGCGAAGAGCAUACGUAUGAUCAAGAAGGACAAAGAGAAGGAGAGUGCCGAUCCCAAGAAGGCUCCCAACUACACACCAUGGAGUCACGAGCACUUCGUUGAACGCAUGAAGACUUUCUCCGAUGUGAUGCGCUGGGGACCGAAACCGGACAAACUGAAUGAGGUCGAGUGGGCGAAGAGGGGUUGGGUCUGCGAGAAUCUUAACACUGUUGCGUGCAAGGGAGGUUGUGAGAAGAGGCUUGUCAUCAAGUUGGAGCCCAAGGAGAAGGACACUGAGAAGAAGGAUACGGAAGGAGCUGGCUUGGACGCCAGGCUGGAAGAGCUGCUGGCCGGAGAUUUGGAUGAAGCUCUGGUUGACCGGUACGCCAAGCUCAUGGUAGAAGGCCACGAUGAAGGCUGCCUGUGGCGUAGGGCCGGCUGUAAGGAGGACAUCUACCAUGUGCCCAUGGUCAGCUACGAGGACCACGUCAAGCCCGGCCUCCUCGACCGUCACAAAUCCCUGCUGAACAUUCGCUACAAACUGCCGCCUCUUGAGAACCUCAAGUAUCCUGGCACGAGCCCUGACAGACUCGAGAAGGCGUUGCCAGAAGAGCUCACUCAGCCUCUCGAGUCCGAGAACGUCGAGGCUGCACCGCCCUCUGACAGCACCGACCAGAAGGAUAUCGAGAAGCGCACUCAGCUCUUUGCUCUCUACGGCUGGUAUGGCGAGGAUCGUGGAAAAUACUCAAUCGUCUUCUGCCACGAGUGUCACCAGCGUGUGGGGCUUUGGAUGUAUUUGGGUGAGGACGCCAAGCUCGAUCUUAUCGAGACCCAUCGUGUCCAUUGCCCAUGGCUCAAUCCCGAUUCUCAAGGCGGCCGACCGAUUUGGGAACAGUUACAGAAGCGCUUGCUGAACCGUAUCCGGGAGACGGCCAGCUCCAUCUUUACCACGCAGUCAUCCGAACCGCAGGACCUCGGAGAUACCAGACCACCCAGCUCUGCUGCUGACUCUGAGCAAGCAGACAAGAAGAGGAUGGGCAGGCUGAGGAAGGCUAUGAAGUCGUUUGGCGGAAGGAAGAAGAAAUAA